AUGAAUAUCUAUUUAAAUAUCUAUCCAUUUUACACAGAAACACGCUGGGCUGAUUUUUAUAUUCAACUGGCAUCUAUCUAUCUAUCUAUCUAUCUAUCUAUCUAUCUAUCUAUCUAUUUCAGUCUGUUCUAUCUAUUUAACUAUCUAUCUGUCUCCGUCUGUUUAUUUAUAUCUAUCUAUCUAUCUAUCUAUCUAUCUAUCUAUCUAUCUAUCUAUCUAUGUGACUGUUCAUAUCUAUCUAUCUAUCUAUCUAUCUAUCUAUCUAUCUAUCUAUCUAUCUAUCUAUGUGACUGUUCAUCAUAUCUAUCUAUCUAUCUAUCUAUCUCCGUCUGUUUUAUAUCUAUCUAUCUAUCUAUCUAUCUAUCUAUCUAUCUAUCUAGCUUAUUCUGUUCUAUCUAUCUAUCUAUCUAUCUAUCUAUCUAUGUGACUGUUCAUAUCUAUCUAUCUCUCUAUCUAUCUCUCUAUCUAUCUGUUCAUGUUCUAUCUAUCUAUCUAUCUAUCUAUCUAUCUAUCUAUCUAUCUAUCUAUCUGUCUGUCUGUCUCCGUCUGUUUCUAUCUAUAUAUCUAUCUAUGUAUGUGCGAUUUGUCAAGUAUAGAUUUUCUCUUUCGCUCUCUCUCUCCUAUUUUCUUAAUUACAUCAACCUGUUCAUCUUACUCUUUAUCUAUUAUCUAUCUAUCUAUCUAUCUAUCUAUCUAUCUUUGCACGGGAAAACUGAUUAA